CUCCACUCUCAUCCUUAGUCUAUCUUUUUCUUGCCGAAUUAUCAGAGAAGAACCGAAAUGGAUUUCUAUGUCACCUGCCUCCUCUACCUCUCUCUUUCUCUUCUCUUCUUCGUGUUUUGGAAGAAGCGCGUCACUCCUCGCCUCCCACCCGGAACGAAAGGAUGGCCUGUCCUCGGCGAGACGCUAGAAUUCAUGGCCGCCGGAAGGAGCGGCUGUCCCGAGAAAUUCGUGAACGAUCGCACCACCAAGUACUCGUCGGAUGUCUUCCGGACCAACUUGUAUGGGGAGGACAUGGCCUUGUUCUGCAGCGCCUCCGGCAACAAGUUCCUGUUCUCCGGCGAUAACAAGUACAUCACCUCCUGGUGGCCCGAAUCCAUGAUAAAGAUCGGCUUGUUUCAGGAAACCCUAAAGAAGUUGGAUGCAAAGAAAAAGCGCAGCUUCUUGUCGGAGUUCCUGAAGCCCGAAGCCCUCCAACAUUACAUACCCGUCAUGGACUCCAUGACUAGGGACCACUUGGCGACGGAUUGGUCUCCACAUAAGGAAGUGCAGGUCUUUCCUCUCUCAAAGAGCUAUACCUUCGCUUUGGCGUGUCGCUUGUUCAUGAACAUCAGAGAUCCCAAGAUUGUGUCGAAGUUCGCCAACUCGUUUGCUCGAGUCGCUCCCGGGUUCAUGGCGGUGCCAAUAAAUAUCCCGGGCACGCCAUUCAACAGAGCAAUGGAAGGAGGAAAAGUCAUGAGGCAAGAGCUCUUGAACAUAAUUAGGCGAAGGAAGAUGGAGAUUUCGGAGGGCAAAGACGCGAAUGCGAGGGACCUCUUGUCUCGAUCGCUUCUUGAAGGAGACGACGACGGGACCAUUUUCUACGAGAUGGACGCUUCCAACAAGAUCAUGGGAUUGCUCAUUGCGAGUCACGACACCACGAGCACUUCAAUCACAGCCAUAGUGAAUUAUUUGGCUCAGUUUCCCCACAUCUAUGAGCGGGUUCAUCAAGAACAAAUGGAGAUAGCCAAAUCCAAGGGUCCAGAUGAACUUCUCAACUGGGAGGACGUCCAGAAGAUGAAGUAUUCGUGGAACGUGCUCUGCGAGUCGAUGAGAUUGUUGCCGCCUGCACAAGGGGCGUAUAGAGAGGCAACGACAGAUUUCACUUUCGCCGGUUAUACAAUUCCAAAGGGAUGGAAGACAUUUUGGACGGUGCACUCCACGCACAAGAACCCCAGGUAUUUCCCUGAUCCGGAGAAGUUCGAUCCCUCGAGAUUCGAAGGAAACGGGCCUGCACCUUUCACCUUCGUUCCCUUCGGAGGCGGACCUCGCAUGUGCCCUGGAAAAGAGUACGCGCGGCUCGAAAUACUCGUUUUCAUGCACAAUCUGGUGACCAAGUUCAAGCUCGAGAAGGUCAUACCAGACGAGAAAUUUAUCUAUAAUCCGUCGCCGGUUCCCGUCGAAGGUCUUCGGAUUCGCCUACUACCCUACAACUAGAUAUCUUCCAGCUAUUCAUAUGAUUUACAGGGCUUAUCGAAACUUGGUCACGAGUACUCAGAUCAUAAUAAGUAUGAUUUCAAGACUUAACUCCGGCAACCGCAGCGCAAAAUAACAUGUGGAGCGUCCAGCGAUCACCGGUGCUCUCUGCAGCCGUUUUGCCCCGCUCCGGCAUAGCUUCGACCUCCGCCUUCAGCACGUAUGCCAUCUUACCUUCGUUUUUUUGGUAUUUGAUGUUUGUGCAUGUUCAUUUCAGCUCACAAUAAUUCUGGUGCACUUGACCGCUUAUUGCUCACCCUGUGAAGUCUGGACGCCACAAAGUACGAAAAGAUCUUAUCAUCA